CCUGAAGCGAUCAGCAGUGAACUAUGGCACAGUUUGUUGAAGACUCCAGCCUGGGGGACUGGGAGGUGAUUGGCUCUGGUGGUUUUGGACAAAUCUACAAAGCCAGGCAUCAUCAGUGGGGCGCUGACGUGGCCAUUAAACUGCUUCUUCAGGGUGAGGGGACUGAGAAGUCUUUGCUGCGUGAGAUCACGAUGAUGCGUCAAGCCACCAGCCCGUAUGUUAUGGCCAUCCAAGGGGUCUUCAAGGGUCAAACACCCUCCUCUGGCAGGUCAACACAGCUUGGUGUGGUCAUGGAGCUCAUGGAGAGAGGAUCAUUGGCGUCACUACAGGAAGCAUUGAGGGGAAUUCCACCCUGGCCGCUGGUCUUCAGACUGGCUCACCAAGUGGCUCUGGGUAUAAACUUCCUCCACAGUCUGCCCCGUCCCGUUCUCCACCAGGACCUGAAGCCCCAAAACGUGCUGCUGGACAAUUCUCUUAAUGCCAAGCUUACAGAUUUUGGCCUUUCCAGGAUUUCCUCCAGUGUCACACUAUCCAAGGACAGUGAACCACUAGGAGGGACGAUUAACUACAUGCCACCAGAGGCUUUUGGAAGCACAUCAUAUGAAGCUACCAGAGCCUUUACUCCAUGUCUAGCACAGGUUCAGUCUUGACAGGAAGUCAAAUAAGCUUUGGCAUAGUCCUUUUAACAGAUGAGGGAAUUGUUUUCAGAGAAGAAGAGUAAAGUGAGUUUUGGGAUACUGCU